GUCCGGAGGCGGAGGCGCUCGCUCGCUCGCACCGCCCCGCUGCUCGACCCGGCCGCCGGCCGCCCCGCCUCGGCCGCCCCGUCGGUGGCGGGGAUGUUUGGGUGGGGCGAGCCGGGGGCCGGAGGAGGAGGCGACGCGAGGGAGGGGUGCGGUGGUGCGGAGGCAGUCUCGGAGCAGCUCGACCACCGCGUCGACUUGCGCGCCCGCUUCCCGCGCGCGUACGCGAUUGACGGCGGCAACACGGAGUUCCGGGAUGACGCUGUCUCGAUCGACGCCGCCUCCGCCACCAUCGGUGUGCACAUCGCAGACCUCUCCUCCCUGGUGCAGCCCGGCUCGCUGCUCGACGAGGUCGCGCGGCUGCGGCUCCAGUCGCUGUACGCCGCCGCCGCGCCGCUGCACAUGCUGCCGCCGCCGCUGCUCGCCGCCGCCGCCCUCUCCGACGACGCACCGAACGAGUGCCUCACCGCCCUGGUGCAGCUCGACUUGUACGGCCACAUCCGGCACUGCCAGCUGGUUCGCUCUCUGGUGCCGCCCGUGCGCUGCCUCUCUUUCGACGAGGUGCGACUCAUUGCUCGCCGGCGACGGCAUGACCUCCGAGGUCCACUCCGACCUCACCGCCCUCGACGCAAUCUUCCAGCGGCGCGAGGACGGCGGCGCAAGAGGAGGCGCCGUCUCGGCUCGAGCGGCCGGCGGAGGCAGCGGCGGCGCGGCGGCGGCGGCGGCGGCGGCGUCUGUGCGGUGGAAGGGGACGGCGGGCGGCGGGUUGCGGCCGGAGGCGACGGUGCACACGUCGGCUCGCCGUCUGGUCGACCAGGCGCUCGGCAUGUACUCCUACGCGGCGAGGAGGGCGGCGCGUGCCGCGAACACGCUGCGGCUGCCGCAGGCGGAGCACCAGCGCGUCGCCACUGCGCCGCUGCGUCGGUACGCGGACCUGAUCGCCCAGCGGCAGCUCAGCGCGCUGCUGCGGGGCGAGGCGGGGAUGGGGGCGGGCGAGGCGGCCGCGACAAGCGUUGCCGCGCUCGAGAGGUGGGUGCGCCAGCGCGGCGGCGAGAUCCGCUCGCGGCUGGCGGCGCAGCAGGCCUCGGCCCGCGCCCUGGCCGGCUUGCGGGAGCUCGAGCAGGCGCGCAAGCGCCUCCUGGGGGUGUGCGCGCGGCAGGCGGCGCGGUCCUCCGCCGGCGCCGGCUCGGGCGGAGCGGCGCGCCGCCGCUUCGGCUCGGUCCGAUUCUCGACUCUCGACGCGGUCGUCGUCAAGGUUGUGCGGCCGGCCGAGGGCGACACCGACAGGCGGCAGCGCGUGACGGUGCGGCUGCGGGAGGUCACCUCCCUCCUCGGCCACGCGCGGUGGGGCGCUGCGCCCGGCGCGCCCUCCGCUGGACCCGCCGGUGCGGCCGACGGAGGCGCGCGGCGAGCCGUGCCGCGGCUGGCGCCCGGCAGGCCGGUGCGCGUCCGCGUGCGCUCGGUCGACUCGGCGAGCGGGCGGCUUGACGUGGAUAUUGUUGGGGUCGGCCGGGCGCCGCGGAGGUGACGCGCUGUGCUUUUGUUCGCGGUGUCAGCGCGGCGUGUCUCUACUUGCCGCAGUUAGUAAUCGGUGGUGUUGAAUGAAUCUGAGUGUCGACG